UCCCUUCAAGAUGCAGGUAAAUUUGUUAAGAAGCUUCGGGAAUCCGAUCCGGACAUUGCUAAUUCUGCCGCCAAUCGAUCUGGCACCGAAGAGGAACACAGAGCCUUGCAAGCUGGACUACUCUAUCUUGCACUCACAGAACCAGAUCGCAGACGAUCAUAUUGUACAGAUAUUGUCCUGACAUCUCGGGACAACCUAACGUACGCCCUGUCCGAAAUGACCCGCCUGGUUGCUGAAACCUGGCCAAAGAUGCCACAGUCAGUACGGACGAAUCUUUUGUCUCUCCUAGGGGAACUGAUUGUUGCGCGUGCCAGCGUGGAGGUGCUGAUAUUACACAUUUGUCGCCGGAUGUCCAGCGGAGAUCUGAGUUCAGGAAACCUUUGGCUUAUUGAAACCAUGGUAGACCUUUUAGAGAAGAACAAAGAUUGGUUAACUAGCCCCGAGCGUCAGGCAUUUCUGCUUCCACUAAUAGUGUUCACAUUUUUGCGGCUGAUACCAGAUCAUCACACGAGUUCCGCAGUACUGAGCAGUUCUCAGGUAGCAGCAUCCACAGCACAACAGCCGGGGUCUCUGGCCACUCUUCGGCAACGUGAACUGAACUUCACGGAAGAGUUGAUAAGAAAGCACUUCGAUCGAUGUGCUCAGCUUGGGCGGGAUUUUAUUCGCUUAUUACAUGGUGUCGCCAGACUGGAUCCGAUGCGACGAUUGUGGGAUGACAUACUUCAGAACAUGCCCCUCUUGUCUUCACAUUUCUCAAGUGUGGCUGACGUGCUCGAAAUUACAACUCCACAGUGCUUCACACAAACCCUUAUCCCUCAUGAAAUGGAACAGUGGGCUCGUUGGAUGAUGAAGAACGUUCAUUGCGUACCCCGCGUGCCAGUCAAUCGCUACCAAGAAUUCUUUCAACGGAAAUUCUUCGCUACACCAGAGAGCCAAAGCCUCCGCGUUUGUCUUCUACGUUAUAUUGUCACCUUCUUCUACCCAGACAAUGAGAUGCUAGCGUCUACUCUGAUUCCUCGAUGGAAUGUGAUCUCGUGGAUCCUUUCUCAAUCCACCUGCGCUGUCGUAACCGCCAACGCGAAGCUUGCGUUAUUCUACGAUUGGCUGUUUUUCAAACCAAAUGGUUGCAUUAUGAACUUGGACCUGAACGCAAACCGAAUUCAUAUCGCUCAAACACUCCUCUUUCUUUAUCCAACAGAACCAGCCUUGUUAGCAAUGAUGAAUCACUUGACGCCGCGAACACAGCCAAUCGCACUGUCUUUAGUGGACUUCCUUGUUAAAAUCGUUGGGACCUAUCACCCGCCCAUGACUGACAGAAUCGUCGCUGGUGUACGGAGCGGUCUAGAGGAAAUGAUUCGGUUGGGUGUUGUCAAGAAUAUCAAUCCUCUCUUCGAGAUGCUCCACCGAACUUCCCCUGAUUUACUACGUGCGCUGAGAUCUUUAUUGGGAUGCGAACCCAUUAUCGGUGCACCGUCUCCUGGACCAACUGACGCGAGUGGAAAGUUGAUCAACAGUGAUAAACCAGGGGUUCCAAUAGAUGGAUUCCCUCCGCAUUCGCCGGGCAUCUCAACUCCCCAAUCCUCGCCACGCCGUCCUUCCACUCCGCCACUUGCUGGAAUCAAACCCAAGCAAACAAGUAAGCCCUUUUUAUCAGAUCCUUUCUGCCAAUAUAGACCACAAAGAGAUACUCGCUCAGCUACGCCACCCGAACUAAGCACGAGGGUUGAGAUUCCGUCACGUUACCCAAGCCAAGCCAAGAUCAGUCGAGAUGCCAAAGUUGGGUUCGAGCCAAAGACCAAACACCUUCCACAACCGCUUUGUCAGAACCGACGUAAAAAAAUGUCAGUGAGCAACAUAAGGUUUGUAAAGAAGUCGUCCAGCUGUAACACCCAUUCGGCGCCUAGCUGCCAUGCCACCCGAAGGAAGCACGAGGACAGGGAUACUACCAGGUUGCCCAAGCCUAGACAGGUAAUGUCGAGGGGCAAAGGUAGGGUUCGAAGCAUGAAUCUUGUGGUCAGUAAAUUCGCGCUCUUACCACUGAGCCAUCUCGCCUCCAAGGUUCAGUCCGGUGCGUUGAGUGAUCCAAGAUUAACGCGCGGCCAGGCAGCCAUUCUUGCCGGCGCACUUCCAAGUCCGACAGUUUCUCCACUCAUGGAGGGCUCUGCUAAAUCGAUCGAGCCAUUGGUGCCCGUCAACCCCACUUCUUUGAGCAGUGUCGCUCACCAACCGACUAUUCCGAUUGUCAUCCCAAGCAUGCCUAUGGCUGAUGAACCCAAACCGAAGCCUGUACCGAAGCGUCAUAUUUUGCACUUGCCAGUUGGACAAAAUUUGGCCAAUCAAACGGCGCAACCGGAGCCGAUCCUAUCUGAGCUUGACCUAGAUAAGCUUGAUAUCGAUCGAAUCACUGAAGAAGAUGCUCGGUUCGCACGGGCUAGUUGGAGUCCCCCGCCACUUCCGCCUUCUCAAGCUAUUGUGCACGGAGACAAGACGGAUCAGCUGCCGGAGACCCCGGAAUCGAUGGAAUUGACAAUAGACAAUCUUCGCCGCCGCUUCCAGGACUAUCAGCUUAGAUAUCGUUACUGCGUUGAACCGGUGGAUGUGAAUGCGCUGAUUGAUUUAUUGGAAGGACCGAUCCGAAGUGCUCUAGAGGCCUUUCGUGACCUCGCCAUCCGAUUUGGGCUUGUUCGUACCAUGUCCGGAGGAAUGGUUUGUGCAGACCGGGGAGGUGACGAACCCGAUCUAGAUCUACUGAACGGUGAAGUAGACAAGCGAACCAGUUCAGUACGUCUGCGUUCAGCCUCCGUCUUAGUUGACCUAUGUGUUGCGAUGGAGAACCUCGUACAAGCCGUCCUAGCGGAAGACUGCUUUGAUGAUUUGGAUAUCGCUGGUCGUACAGCCGGAGUGGUCUGUGAGCUGUUGUUCCCAUUGUUUGCUGAACGUCUGAUGCCUGCGGGAACUGAAUGGUCAGAAGAGUAUGUGUUUACAAUCAGUUGGGAAAACCUUGGGACCUGUCAGGAAGACAUCGUUUCACAGAAGCAUGAAUUUCCUCAUUGUUACCCCCUCGUUUCUUGCAUCACUUCUUAUUCUCACUUCUUCGCUUCCCACAGACAACUUGAAGACUGUUUGCAGUUCCCAAUCUUCGUCCCGUUUCGUCAUCUGUGGGAAAUGAAUCCUGGGGACCCAAAGCGCGAGCUUCUACUACUUCUGUUGACUGAGAUGCAAACCAAGCAGCCGCGGUUGGGCUAUCACUUGCUAUUUUUCCUGAAAGUCAGUAAUGUGAAUGACGAAUCGAUGACUAUCUAUCGAAACUUUUGUGCCAGCCAGGAAAAUCCGAAUCUCCGGGAUUCUUUGUUCAAGGAUAUGCAGCUUCUCGCCGAUGACAACCGGCGCCUCUUCGCCUAUUUGCUGCCAGAUGUAUACACAGUGUUCGCGUCUGAGCUUAUGAAUGACGCUGGAUUCAUGCAUUUGGUCGUAAGCACGCUCGAUCCGAGCAUGUGUAACACGCUUAUUUGUGAAAUUGUCCGUGGUCACAUGAACAUGUUUCAGUCGGACGACUUAUCACCGCUUUUAAAGGCCAGUCUUCAAUGGAAUUCGAUCGAACAGUUCUUCUUUUGGCAGUUGAUCAAUGCGCACGAAAUUCCCACACGAAGUUUCCUACCUCUGGUAAAAUGUGUUGAGCCGGCAAAACAUCCUGAAGCGACGGCCAAUCUGAUACUUCUUUUCAAGUUGGAAAAGCCUAGUUUUGAACUGGUUCGAGCCUUGUUGUCGCGGCCGGGACCUAACGAUGCUUUGUCAGUCACAGCUCUUCACUUCUGGAGUUGUCCGGAUAAUCAACAUGCGUCUCGCUUCGCCAAUAUCUUGAAAUCAAUGAUAAUGACGCCACUGUCUCAACGUGCUGAGGGUGUCGGUUCCAGCACUUCCGCACGAGAUGCACGUGACAAACGAAGGAAUGGUGGAUCCAAACACCUUUCUCCAGAAAAUUGUGUUGAUUUGCCGCUGAUUUUGACCCAUCUGGAUGCUAUGAGGAAGAAUUGCCGGAACAUAUCGCGCAUACACCAACCUAACAAAGUUAAACGGUAUGGAGUUCUUCAGGAUGAGGACGUGCAACUAGCACUUCAGUCCGUGGCAAAUUCUCGAAAAGUGCCACUGAGUGUAAAGGAUCAUUUCUCCGACCUUUUGGCUUUGGCGGAAGAUCAACCAAGCGCUCCAACAGGUUCCUCAAAAGGAUCUGAAGACUCACUUUCUCCCGAUGCACUGCAUCGUUUAAGUGGGGCGUCAAUCGGGUCAGAUACAGGAAAAAGGCUGUCGUUUUCCGGACGAACGGUACAAAUGGGGAGCAAAGGAGGUCAUAGUCUUCGAAACUUGGACUCAAGGCGUGCUGCAGAGGCGGAAAGACGUCAGUUGCCCGUCGCAGGCAGCGCUACAAAGCGAUCCUCUCGGACGUCCGCGAAUCAGAACAAUAAUGGUGCCGGUGCUGAGUCCGAUAAUGAAGACAAUGAAGCAAUGUCGUCAACCGGCUCAACUUCUGAUUCCUCGGAUGAAGAGGACGAAAAACCGUCAGUUGCCUCAGGAAACCGUAAAAAACGCAACUCGCGUAAUUCCAGUCCAAGCGGCAGUUCACGACAGUCCGACCAAUCGAGUUCGAAAUCGUCCUCCGGAAAACGAGUUGUCACUUCUGAAGGCUCGAAAGACCGGCGUCCUAGCAUCAAGCGUGCGUUGAACCGAUUCGAGUCUACGCUGAAUAAAAGCGAUGAGGACGAUGAUGAUGACGAUGAUAAAGGACUUGAGGUUGUUGUGCUCGAAGAAGACAGUGGUGAUGAGAAAAAUAACGAUGAUUCCGAAAAGGUCAGACCACCCAAGCGCCGAAAGACAUCCAGCAGACGUUUCGUCCUCGACGAC